CGCCCGCAUGCCAACCUUAGCCAUGCGCCUGAAGACAUGAAGCGAGUAUUCAAGGCAUGCCGGAGUUCAUUCUCGCGAAUAUCAUACCGGUGAAUGCGCCUUCACAAUGGAGGCAGAUUGGGACGAGGUUGCGAUUAUCCAGCUGCCUCCGCCAGGCCCGCAUCAUCCUGCCACGCCAGUAGCUACUUUCGCUUUCGACACGUUACAGGAACUUCUAUGGACUGGCAACGACUAUGGACGUGUGACGUCGUUCUACGGACCCGGCCUCGAACGCUAUACCUCGUACCGCGGCCAUGCUGCCGCUGAAGGCGCCGUCAAGCAGCUGCUGUUCACCGACAAGGGCAUACUCUCCGUUUCCAAGCAGAGCGUGCACUACUCCCUACGCCGGGGGAUCACACAAUGGCAUUUGACGAGCAACGAGUUCAAGGAACUCAGAUGCGUGAACUUCACGUCAAAGGGAACGCGAGAAAUCCUGGUCGCAGGAUGUCAGGAGAAAAUGUUCAAGGUCGAUGUGGAGAAGGGCGCUAUCACAGAAACCCUCGUUGCUGACGCUCAAUACACCAUAAUGAAGCGAGCAGGGCAGUAUCUAUGCGCGGCAACCAAGACGGGGGGCAUACACAUCUUAGACUCUGGCUCCCUCUCAGUCAUCAAGGUAUUCGAUGGGCACACAGGUAGCAUCAGCGACAUGGACGCGAAAGGCGACUUCCUGGCAACAUGCGGCUGGUCUCCAAGACAGCAGUUUGGCUUCAUGCUCGAUCCGUUCACUAACGUCUUCUCUUUGAAGACAUUGAAGCAACUACCCCCGAUACCAUUCCACACAGGUGCCGCGUUUGUACGGAUGCAUCCGCGCAUGUCGACUACCGCGAUGAUUGCCUCGCAAAACGGCCAGAUGCAGGUCAUCGAUCUCAUGAAUCCCGAUUCGGCGAACUUGCGACAGAUCAAUCUUUAUGACUCGUAUUUGACGGGCUUUGAAAUGGCGCCUUCUGGAGAGGCUUUUGCUUUGGCUGACUCCACCUGCCAUAUUCAUCUUUGGGGAUCGCCCGCGAAGAUCCACUUCCCGGAAUACAGUAAUCCGACAGAAUUCGCAGAUCCUUCUAUACCACCUCCAACUAUGGACUGGUCGCUUGAUACGCCUUUAAGCACAGUCGGGAUGCCGUUCUACAAGGAGCAUCUCCUCUCCAGCUGGCCAAGCCACAUGAUCUUCGAAGUUGGCGCUCCCCCUCCAAAAAUUGACACUGCUAUCCUAAACAACAUGGCCCGAACGGAGGUUGGCUUCUUCGCCAAGAACCCCAGGACAAAGCGCAGGUAUCAGGUCGAAGACACGCGGCAAACGGAUAGAGCGAACGAUUCCUUGACUGCGCCGAAGUUCUUGAGCGAAAAGGCACGGGCCGCGCACUCGCUGAGUGAGAGUGAUUCGAAGACGGUGGAAACUAUGGAAACAUUGACCGAUAUGCAUCUUGACGAUGUGACAAGGAAGGAUGUACCUGCCAUGUAUGGAAACGUGGAGAUUAAGUACAGCAAAUUUGGGGUUGACGAUUUCGACUUCGCGUACUACAACCAAACUCCAUACUCUGGCUUGGAGACACACAUCUCAAACUCAUACGCAAACCCUCUGCUCCAGCUAUUGCGCUUUACCCCUAUGGUCCGCAACCUUGCGCUGCGACACACGGCUUCGCCUUGUUUGUUUGAAUCCUGCCUCCUUUGCGAGUUGGGCUUCCUUAUCGACAUGCUUGAGAAGGCUGCCGGCCUGAAUUGCCAGGCGUCCAACUUCUUGAAGACUUUCAGCGGCCUAUCGAACGCAGUAUCGCUGAAUUUGCUAGAGGAAUUUGCGCCUAACGUUGCUCUCACCUCUAUGAUUCAAUCUUUCAACCGCUUUCUGCUCGACAAAAUCUCCGAGGAAUUCCGUCAAAUGCUACCAAGUCAUAGCAGCCCGUCGGUGAUGGAUCAGGUGCUGGAGACACAAGCUCGAGCUAGCAUGAGGUGUGCGCAGUGUGCCAACGAGACUAUUAGGGGUGGCAGGACUUUCGUUAACGAGCUUGUGUACCCUGCGAAGCAUGUCAUGAAGAAUUCGCGAGGGCCCCGGCCGACCUUCUCGCAGAUCCUCAAAGCUAGCGUGGAACGCCAGGAUCAGACGAGGGGCUGGUGUAACAAAUGCAACCGCUACCAGCAGAUGGUACAGAGAAAGACUAUCCAAUCGAUACCCGGGGUUAUCAUGCUCAACGCAGCUAUUCAGAGCCAUGAGGCAAAAUUACUGUGGUCGAUACCGAACUGGCUCCCUCAAGAGAUCGGUAUUAUCGUUGAUCAGGGUCAGUUCUACUGCUUCGAGGGACAAGACCUCAAGCUUCACCUCCAGCGCGGCGUCUUCGACAUCAUGGUGUAUGAGUUGGUCGGUAUCGUUGCCGACAUCAACAGCGGUGAGCACCAGAAGCCGCAUCUUGUGGCUACCAUCAACACAGCGCCCUCCUCUCGAACCGAGAACAGCGAGGAUAAAUGGCACCUCUUCAAUGACUUCUUGGUCCGACCGAUACCAAAGGAAGAGGCGUUGCGUUUUGAGCCGAGUUGGAAACUGCCCUCCGUGCUCACAUUUGAGCUGAAGGCUGCGAGACACAAGAUCGAUGAUAGUUGGAAAGACAACCUAGACACAUCAAUCUUGUACCGGUGGUGGUCAUCCAAUCCCCCCCCACCAGAGGAAAAGUUCAAGUUGCUGGACCCCUCCGCAGAAGCGCCGCGCCCUGGAUGCCCGGUUGCUAUCGACGCGGAAUUCAUCCGUCUCCAAGCAGAAGAAAUCGAAAUGAAAGCCGAUGGCACACGCGAAACCAUUCGCCCCGACCGGAAAGGUCUCGCCCGAGUCUCAGUCUGCCGCGGCGCUGGCGAGCACGCCGGACUCCCCUUCAUCGACGACUACAUAGCCGUCACCGAGCAUGUCGUCGACUACCUCACCGCCUGGUCCGGUAUCUCCCCCGGCGACCUCAACCGCGAAACAUCGCCGCACGCACUCGUCAGCCUCAAGCACGCCUACAAGAAACUCUGGCUCCUCCUGAACCUUGGCUGCAUCUUCGUCGGGCACUCCCUCGCCAACGACUUCCGCACCAUCAACAUCCACGUGCCCAAAAAGCAAGUCGUCGACACCGUCGACCUCUUCUUCAAGCCAUCCCUCCACCGCAAACUCAACCUCAAGUUCUUAGCGUGGUGUGUCUUAAAAGAGAAGAUCCAGGAGGAUACACAUGAUAGUAUCGAAGACGCAACGACGGCGCUGAAGCUGUGGAGGAAGUAUGAGGAGUUUGUAGAUGCGGGGGUGUUGGAGCAGAUGCUGAAUGAUAUCUAUGCGACGGGCAGCCAGGUUAAGUUUCGGGCGCCUGGAAGUGGAGGGAAUGGGAAGGAGAAGAUGGCGAGCGCGACGGGGAGGGAUACGCCAGAGCCCGGGAGCGCGGAGAGGUCGGGUGCGCAGGGGCAGCUGGGCACGCCUAAGAAGGCGAAUGUGUUUGGUAGGGUGGGGUUUAGGAGCCCGAUGAAGUGAGGAGAGGCGGUGGCCGCGGCGUUGGUAGAAGGGGCAUAUGGAUGGAUAUCUGGGAUAUGUGCUAGGUUGCUCGCUUUAUGGCUGCUUGUGCGAGUCUAGGUGCUUACAUGAUAAGGAUAACUGAAUGAGAAUAC